GUUGACUAUCGGUUGGCGCCCGAGCACCCGUUCCCUGCGGCGCUGGAGGACGCUCUUGCGGUCUACACUUGGCUUAUCGACCCGCAAGGCGGGGGCUAUCGGCCCCAAAAUGUGGUCAUCGGCGGGGACUCGGCCGGGGGCGGCUUGACACUUGCUACCAUGCUUCGAGCGAGGGACCAAGGCCUGCCGCUGCCCUCGGCUAUCGUCUGCCUGUCUCCCUGGGUGGACCUGGAAUGUCGAGGCGAGAGCUGGAAGAAGUACAAGUCCUACGACUACCUCUCCAUGCCCGAGACCUUCAACUGUCCCCAGAUGUACGCGGGCAAUCAUCGGCUCGACCACCCACUCAUCUCGCCCAUCAACGCUUCCCUGGUCGUGGGCGAAGUGGAGGUGUUGCGGGACGAGGCAGUGAUGCUCGCCGAGAAGGCGAAGCGAGACGGUGUCGACGCCACCCUCGAGAUCUACACCGACAUG